AUGACGCUUGAAAACGUUGAAAACUGUGGUAUCUCCGCUCUCAACAACAAAGCCAUCCAACUGGUGCAGCAGGGUGAAGGCCGCAAUGCGGUCAAGGUCCUUCUUCAGGCUUUGAGCACACUCAAGUUGGAGGUAUGCAGUGGAAAGACCUGUGCGUCGGCAGCGGCCUCAGACUCUGGGGCUGCCUUUGUGAGGAUUGCUUUGCCCAGCCAAUGCAGUGCUGACAAUGCAGCUCUUAGUACGUAUGACACUCUGUUUGGCAUUACCUCUUGUGUGAAUCCAUGUGCGCCUCAGCAACGAGACGGCAGCACGGCUUGCCUGCUGUACAACAUGGCACUCAGCCAUCAACGAUGCACCAACAGCGUGAGUCAACCCAAGGCUCGAGUGGCUCACCUGAAGAAAGCUGCAAUGACGUACAACAUGGCCUUCUCAGCGGCUCAGCAUUGGAAGAGGUGGACGGACAUGCACUCGGGGUACCAGAUUCUGUCACUAGCCAUUGUGAACAACCUUUUGGUGAUCCACUACGAGCUAGGAAACACAGAGAAAGUAGCUCAGCUGCACACACUGUUGCGGGAUACCUUGUUUGGUCAAAAGGGAGAUCACAUUAGCAGCCAAGAGCUUUCACUUUUCGCCAAGAACCUAUCACGCUGCACGGGUGAGGCACCACCAGCAGCACCUAGUGUAGCCGCUUCAUCAGGGUCAUGUACGACAUCUGGUUGUGAUGCCGGAACAGCAGCAACAGCAGCUCACGGACAACCGACGCUGAUUGUGCCACACUCGGCUUGA